AUGGAUGAAAAAAAAUUACCCAGCCUCAAAGGAUACAUCUGUCUAGUAACGGGUGCCACUCGAGGCAUCGGCCGCGGCAUCGCACUUAUUCUGGGCGAGUGCGGUGCAACCGUGUAUAUUACUGGCCGUACCUUAAAACCCAAAGACGGCGAUGUAGGCGGAAGUCUGGAGGAAACAGCUGCAGAGAUCACAUCUCGUGGUGGGGUAUGUUUGUCCCCUCAGCUUUAUGACCGGAUUCGUAUUCUUUUGUUUCCCUGCGGCAUCUUCAUAUCCGUUCCGGUGAAGAAUAAGUAUGGUGAGCACGGCUUGGCAAUUAACUUAUAUGCUCAUCUACGGGGUUUCUCAAAACGCUUGCCACAAAAUUAAUAACAAAGUCAUUUUAAUUAAUCAAGUUAUAACUUGAUUAAUUAAAAUGACCUUGUUAGUAAUUUUAUGGCAAGCGUUUUGAGAAACCCCGUAGAUGACUACGGACAUUUUCGUGCGUCACAUUAUAUUAAUUUGAAUGCCAGAAUGAUGCGACUUAUUGCUUUUUCAAUAGAGUCCCUUUUUUGUGUGCUUUGUCGGGCUGCUUCUGUCUAAUGAUUGUUUGCAUAACUAAACGCGACCAAUGGUUACUUCACUACAUACUGGUCCGCAACAUGAGCAUAAGAUAUCUGCAGGUGUUACUUUAUCUGGACAUUUCGCCUUAUAAGUUCCACGUAAACUAACCCUUUUAAACAAGAUCCAUGUUGAGAAUACUUGGUUCCGACUUUGCCUCGAUAGCACUCACACUGUUAAAAAAAGGGAUAGCUGUAUUGGCUUAGAUUGUACAGUGAAACUCAUAAAGCUUAGACCGAAGUUUCCGUAAAAGCGGCACUAACCAAUAACAGUAUUUUAAUUGUUGAUCAUUUGAGAAUACUUUACGUUGAUUAAGGCGCAUAUAUAGUUAACGGCUUAUCGAGUUAAAAUUUCAUGCUCCUUUGCGUAUCCGCUUGAAGUCACACUCGGUCAAGCCAGCUUCAUUAAAUAUAAUUUGGUGGGUUCUACUAACUUUUCUCCAGCCAAUCGGACGGACUGCUCACGCUUUUAAAAUCAUGUUGAGUUCCUUUUUUAGCUGACCGUUUAUUGCUUGCUCCCGCUAAACUGGUGAAGUUAGACUAAGUGAAAGACGUUGGCGCCCCGUGAUCCAUAACAUCUAAUAAUUCAGCUGCCCUUGUGAAUCGGCUGUAGACUUCCUCAACCUGUUGUCAUCUUAAAUGUGGUCGGAUCCCCGAGACGUUCUACAUUUUCGUAAAAAAUCCAAAAUACCCAGCCGGUAGACAGAGUUAAUCGGAUAAAUACUCGUUGUCGCCUGUGCUCCUAGUACUCAGCACAUCGCAGUGCGUGCGGCUACACUCAGCAACCUGACCGGCGGCAAUGGUCGGAACGGUUAAAAUCCGUCUGUCUGACGGCAGUUUGGAUUGCCAAUAGAAGCAAAGAGUCGAGUCCCAAUAACUAGUUUUGAAGAAGGAGACACGAUCGCCGGGACAAGAACUUUUUUGGCCUGACGUUCCGGAUUCCUGCUCAAACCUAUCCUCAGAGACAAAAACAGAUACGGACAGAGAUACCCAUAUCUGCUUUUUGUUUCUGAUGGAGGGUUCGAGCAGGAAUCCGGAAAGUCAGGUUAAUAAAGCUCUUGUUCUAGCAAUCGUGUCUCCUUCUUCAAGGCAGUUUGGAUGUUAGAUAUUUGAGGCAGUCAACGUUCUUUAUCCGACAGUUAUUUAAAAUUGCCAAAAUGGUACUUCGAAGACAUGUUGGUUCUAUAAAAUAAAUAUUAUUCAAGCAAAUGCUCUACCUCGAGCAAACGUCUUUGUAUCUAUGUAUGUAUCUCCGAAUAUCCGUAGGUUUAGUAUUCCCAUAAAGGAGCCGAGCAAUUAUGUGCGUGCCUCAGGCUAUCUGCCCACGACCAAAUAACUUGUCAGAAAAGAAGCUCACAUGGGGAUCGUACGUUGAAAUAUGCGUUUAAUUUUUAAAAUGGAUAACCCCAGUCACCUUCAAAACAGAACACUGGAACAGAUACAACCGCCCCAUAAUACAGGUGACUUAUGUGUUGCAUUACAAGGAUUUUAGGGCUUAGCGUACAAUUGGUGCUAAGUUAAGGCAUAAAACGUAGAUUUGGGUUAACCUUAGGUGUCCAUCUUGGACUCUAGAGCAAGACGAUGUUGAUUAUUAGACUUCCUAUUAUCGUGUCUCGACGAUUCUGAUGAUUUUUUAACGCAUAAAAUUUCCUCAUUCCCAAUGAAUAUGUCUGUAGGCAAAAUUAUAAUCUUCAAGUUAACGAUAAGGAUCAAGCGUGUUUGUUAAAUUAUCAUAGACAACCAGUUAAUGCGAAGAUAUUUAUCUAAGUUUGUAGAAGGUGCUCUUUUUAGAUGGGUUUUAAAGCAAAGUCCGCAUGUUUCGAUACGGAACUUUGUUCAAAAUUAUGACGCCUACAUUUGUCAUUGCUGCAAUUACAUUUCGAACAGUAUUUUGCAUUUUAAAGCAUAUUCGAGACCAGCACUUCUGAUAUCUUUUUAUUGUGUUGAAUUUCCUUCACUCUAGUCUUUAGUUAUAUAUAUAAAAAUGGAAGGGUUUUUUUGUGUUAUAUGUUAUCUUCGAAAGUACUGCAUCGAUUGCGCUGAAACUUUGAUACAACACAGCCAGCGCAUAGGGCUAGGUUAUUGUCUGUUCAAUUUUGUAAUUAUGCCGAUGGUAUGCCUGUGAUGGGUAAAAAACCGGAUUUCGAACAGUAUUUUGCAUUUUAAAAUAUACUCGAGACCGACACUUAUGAUAUCUGCUUUACUGUGUUGAAUUCCCUUUUCUUAGCCUCUAUUAUUAAUUCAAAAUGUGAAAUGGAGUCGAAUACCUGAUUGCCAGUUUUUUUGAUUAUGGAAAUCUUGCCAGGUGAUGCACAUUCCCGUUCUCUCCUAGGUGGCUAUUCCUGUUGUCGUCGACCACUCCGAUGACGAGCAGGUUGAGAGUCUCUUUUCACGUAUUCGCGACGAGCAAAAUGGUCGCCUAGAUGUCCUCGUAAACAAUGCCUUCUCCGCAAUCAGCUACAUCACCUCUCACACCGGCAAGGGUUACUGGGAGCUGGAGGCAGGUGAUUCAGCCUCAACGGCCUGGGACAUUGUGAACCGGGUGGGUCUACGAAACCACUACAUCUGUGCCACCCUGGCCACACGCAUGAUGUUGGAAUGUCGUGGAGAGCUGACCACCGAAGACGGCGACCAUGAAAAGGAGCCCAGCGGCAGUGCGAAAGAUUCAAAAUCGAACGGUGGCAACCUGCCCCCCGGUCUCAUCGUCAAUAUUUCCUCCCUCGGCGGUCUGCAUUAUUAUGCGAACGUCCCGUAUGGUGUUGGUAUGCCUGAGUCCUUGUUUUCUGCUCAUAAAACUUCCGUCUCGCGGUUGUCAUCAACUCACUGUCCUAGUGCGCUUUUGAUGAUUUACACUGCUCUUGUACAAAAUGGGACAUUCUCACAGUACUCCACAAAUUUCAGGGGAAUUCUUUUAAAAAAAACAGCGAAUUCACCCAUGCUAAGUGCCUUAUGCACUGGUGAGAGAAUUGCAAAAAUUGGUUUUGCCUUUAAAUAUACAUGAGUUAUUAGUCUUUUAAAUUCCGGAAUCUAAUGCGUAAGAAAUGUGAGCAUCUGGACCACUACGUGCGUUUAAUAGGGGAAAAUUAUAUACUACUUCAGUACUAUGUACUGCGAGGUGUAGUUGGAAAACUUCUCUGCCAAAUCUACCGAUUUAUGAUGUAUUAAGUGGUCAUAAUCUGUGUCCCCAUGCUAAUCGUAACUGCUGUCCGCUUUGAUGCGUAUUUUCUUUUUUGAAUUAUCUCCUUAUAGUUCGCGUUCUCCUAAAUGAAAAUCUAGCAUGUACAACUAUGGGACAGGUUUUACCAGUACAAACUUGACCUUGCUGUUUUUGGAGAAAUAGAACACCGAACGGACAUGGAAUCAUAUGACUUUUUUCGAGAUUGCCUCUGGGUAAAUCUCAAUCAAAGUAAUAAAAAUCGGAGUUUAUUAAUACAUGAGACCGAAUAUAUACGAGCAGUUAUAUGCGAAGAUCCAUUUAAAGUAAACUCCAGAGAUGCUUAAGUGACUUGCAAUUGCGUAAUUAUUUACCGUGCUAACAGCACAGGUAUCAGCUAAAAGCCCAUACACGCGUGUUUCGCUGAUCUUGUGCUGCUUGCCGGUCCAAAGUUUGAUGUGAAUAUUUGAACUGAAGUCCAUCAGCUACUGUCGAAUAACCGCUUAAUAUUCACAGACCGAUAACAGGCAGCCGUAGUAUAGAACUGUGCAAUGAUUUGUCGUACUAACAACACAGGUAUUAGCUAAAAGCCCAGACACGCGUGUUUUGCUGAUCUUGUGCCACUUGCCGACGCAGCCGCGAGGGGUUCGGCUCGUUAAUGCGUCCCCCAGCUUUCGACGUGAGUUUUAUGAUGCAUGAACUCCCGUUUUAACUUAUCUUGUUUAAUCUCCGAGGAAAUUAAUGGUCAAACUUGGAGCAAGUCUUUCGAAACAGACUCUUUUAGGCACGGUCCGACAUUUGAUAUGAUUAUUUGAGCUGAAAUCUAUCAUUUUAUUGCGGAAUAACCGCGUAAUAUUCACAAACCACCAACAGUCAGCCAGUAGUAUAGAACUGCAUAAUUAUUUACCGUACUAAAAACAUAGGUACUAGCUGAAAUCCCAGACACGCGUGCUUCGCCGAUCUUGUGCCGCCGUCUGACGCAGCUGCGAACCGCUCGCGUGUCAGCGUAGCCGCUCGCCAUUUGUUUGUCAAGUGGCCUGUCAGGACUCCUUGAUGUAACUUCGAUUUUUCGCUGUGGAUGAGAAUUAGAUUAGAUCGUCUACGAUAUGUACUUGUGCGUGCUCGACCUUGUGCUUCUACUUGCGGAUGUUCUCCAUGUGUGUGACUGAAUAAAAAGGCAUAAGUAGAUCCGAAACUACUGUCUUCUCUCCUCUUCAUCCAUCAGAGUCGACCACUGACUGGGAUUGCCAUCUUCCAAUGUUUUGCUGGUGCAACGGCGCUUUUUUAUUUUUUCAGGCAAGGCGGCGGUAGAUCGUAUGGCUGCCGAUAUGGCCCAUGAACUUCGUGAGAAAAAUAAAAAUAUCGCAGUGAUUUCCCUUUGGCCUGGCUUCGUCAAAACAGAAAAAAUUCUCCACUCUGUGAAGGAGGCCAACUUUAAAACUGCAGACUUAGAAAAAUGGGGUAGGUCUUCCCUUCCUCCUGCUCCACUCACUCCCACUUCCUCAGCCAUAUAUACUACUCUCCUGAUUAUUGCUGUUUCAAAACCAUCAGCUGUGUUACAUUUUAGAAUGUUCGUAUGGCCUUUAGCAAUUCCACUUAUCUAGGCCGUUGACUAGGUACUAAACAGUUGAAUGUACACUAUUCCUGUCCAAUUUGUAUUGUUUCUUUCAACAGAAACCAAAUUGACCGAAACUGGUGAUGCUUGUAGAAUGACCCCCAUUGAUAACAGGCUUUUCGGUAGCAUAGAUAAGUCCAGUUGACAAAAUUAUUAGUGAUGCGUUUUUAUCAACAGAAGCUUCUGAGACUGAUAUGACCAUUUCGGGUCAAUGUUACUUUACGCCCGAAAUAAUGCAAAAUGGACAUUAAAUCAAACCCUCUGCAUUUGAGUCAUUGACCUAUAUUUCGUCGACAAAAGUCGGCUUCCUUAUUCCAUCUUCCAAUCGGAGGAUAUUACUGAACGCCACUAGACCAUUAUUGAUUUCAGAAAACUCUAAUUUAAUGCCCAUGGGAUAGGUACCUUCCUGUAUGCGAUCUAGGUGCAGAGGCUUCAAAGAUGGGGCAUGUGCAAGGCUGUGGUUCUGAUAAAAACACUCAAAAUCCCGUCUCCGGUCCUUCUGCCUUUUACACUACAUCCGUUCAGAAUAUCCAAUUUAAGGUCUUCUUUUCUCUUUGAAGCCCUUACUACACAAAACUCUUCCAUUGAAAUCUGGUCUGGCCUGAUUUAGAAGAGCACAGGGUUGUUGGUAAACCAUAGAAAAUGAAUGUGGACCAUUCUCCGACUGUACUUUCACCAAUCGUCUCGCUGUCUGUUUAAACCCGCUGCCAUCAUGGCGCCGAAGCGAAAGGCGUGGGCUGAAAACAUCUCAGGCUCGUACGCAGACUCUUUGGACGUUAAAUGGGGCCCUCCACUCAGAGUUGACACAUUGAGAACAAAUGUAAACAACCUGCUGAUCGUAGACGUCGAUGAGCAUCUCAAUACCACUUAGACCCUCUGCUUCCAUUAACCUCCGACCAGCGCUUCAUCCCUGCAUUCUUUCCACCCAUCUCCAGCUCGUUUGAAAGUUGAUCACUAUGCCUAAUAUUCUUAAGCAAGAAAACGCGCGGACAGCGCCUAGGUCCUCUUUGAUUGACGGCUGUUAGUUGUCAGUUUCAUCUGUCUCGGGAUCCAUUUCCUGGCAGUUUCAAAUAUCGCCAUCAGGUUGCCCACACAUUGAUACAUGUGGAGGUAAGGCUUCAAUAAAAGCGAGGACGCUAGACUUCUGCCACGUUGCAUGUGGAAGCGUAUCAGUUGCCGGCGUGUCAGCGUUGUCAAUGAACUCAUCGGUCGGUACUCACCCUGAAUAUGUCUGACAUUUCUUAUCCUGCAGUUACAAGUGCUGGGCUGGGCGAUGAGAGGCGACUGAACAUCUGGGGUUUCUUGAGCACGUGAGUUUGUGGAUUAUCAUUAGAGUGAAAUCUAUAGACUGCCCUUCAAAUGGGGCAGUCAUAUGUUGUUGGUGCAAUAUUGGUGUGAUUUUUCACUCGAGUUUAAAGUUGUGUGCCUUUUGGCUGCGGUGCUGUCAUGAUGAAUACAUCCGCAUAUUUUGACGUGCCGUACAGACGGUCGACGCCCGAAAACAGUCCAGCUGGGUUCCGAGAAGGUCUGAAAAGACCGGACACGGUUGGCUUCUGCAAUGCCACGAGUUGUACCCUUCCACGCCUAACGAUCUGGUUUACCGAAUCUGGAGAGUUCGAAACAUUCUGUCAUCCAGCAACGGAGACCGUACACGGAAGGUCCUGGAAUCACUUUCUUCCAAACUGCCUCCUGGAACUUGCCUAUUCGUUUCUAUCGGCAUUUCGCUUGGUGUCUUGGCGACUCUGUCCACCCAGGUUGCAGGCUAGCCUUCUGCUCGACAUGUGUGCAUAGCCGACCGUCAUCAUUGCACCGCAUAGUUUUUGUUGCGGACUGGAACAUCUCAAGGUUAUUCAUCCUCCUUCCGAGAGCCCCUGCUCUAAAGCCUGAGAACGUACACUUAACAUUCGCUCAAACACAAAUGCCCUCCCGGGGUAGUGUGACAUACAGAACGUGAGUAGUAGAGGUCGACCCUUAGAGUAAGACAACCCACUCCACUUAUACACGUCAUGCCUUGCGUAAAACGACACACAAGAUAAUAUGGCCAUCACCGAUGACGAGGUCAACCGCCGUCCAGCGAAGUGGACCUGGCAGCCGCGACUUUCGCUGCAUCCGCUUUACACUCUCCUUCCACUACGCCCUGGUCCCAUCAGCGGCCACUGCUCCCGAUGCGCGUACUACUCGAAGAGCUUAAGAUGCAAGACUGAAGAGACCAGUGGAUUUGAGUGCGAUACUGCUCCUGAUUCCUUCCACCUCCUUAUAUUUUUCUUUCUAUGUGCUCUUUUCCCAAACCUUUAUCCGCGCGAAUCUUAGCGGAAACAGUUGCUACCAAGAUUACUGACACGGCAACAAUGAAGCCUGCUUCUUUUCUCUGCCUUUCCUUAGGCGAAUCAACCGAGCUGACGGGAUACGUCAUCGCGCACAUGUUAGCCGAGACGAAGGAAAAGUUGUUGGCACGGUCCGGCCGUGUACUCUUAGUGGCAGACACUGCGCUAGAGAUGGGCAUUCGCGACAUUGACGGCAAGUGGCCCACGAGUCUGCGUUCUGUACCUUACCUCCUGGAGAUUACCGGCCGCACCAACCUCUCCCGUCUGGUGCCUAGUUUUGUGCGUUUGCCAUAUUCGACCUUCAAUCAGCUCGGCUCCAAGUUCUAG